AUGAUUAGUCAUGAAGAUAACGAUAAUAUUGCCAUGGAAGAGAUGGUGGCUGAUGCUUUCCCUGACUGGAGUCUCAUAGACGAAGUUAGUAUGCCUCUAUUGGAACAAGGUAUAGCUCGAUUCGAUACAUUGCAAGCGUUACUGCCAUCCCUCAUGACCAUUGAUACUUCAAAGAUGGGCAGUGAAGAGAUAGAAAAGCUACCAAAGUUACUUCGAAUAGCUCAAAUGCAAAUCGAACAUACAUUGAAAACUCAGUAUAAACUCAUGACAGAGAUAGAUGAAUUGAAUAGCAAACUAAGCUCGUACAAACGUCAAGUUCGAGCGUUGAGAACGAAAGUUGAGCAGAAGGAGAAUGAAGUAUUCUUCCAGUGCUUUACCUGUGGAAAAUGCUUCAUAACGCAAGAAUUCUUGGCCACACAUAUACAAGAGCGUCACCAGUAG